UUCCUGGCAGUUAAAAAUGGUGCCUAGGACACGCGCCUGGCUAUAGGUGGUUAUUUACAAUUCUGAAUUGGCUAACACUUUCGCUGCUUAAGGUAUUCAGUUACCUUUUAACUAGGCUACGUAGUUGCUGUGUAGGCUGCCACAGUUCAAUGAAAACGGACAUCACCUUAGGAUCCUUGUCUAUAAAUUGAACCAGCGUGCAUCUAUGGCACAUUUCCUCUUGACUGGAAGUCGGAGCACACACAUUUUGAUUUUUUAACGCGAAGACACACUAAAAGUUAGCCAAGUACUACAGUAGGCUAUAUGCGGAUUUGGAUUCAGUUCCUUUCGGUUUUCAUGGUGGUUUCCGUACAUAAUUUAUUCUUCCCCCGUCAGUGCGUCGGGGCGAUGGCGACAGUUCAGAUGUAGUUCGCAGUUUCGCAGGUCUUUGGUUGUUUGCAUCUGUGUGGCCGCGUGGUUCCGUUUUCCAUUCGCGGAGGCUGUUCAACGUGUGAAUAUUGACAGUCUCCACACCGCGUAACGAAGCUGGGCGCGAGCAACGACGGGGAGAGCAACUGUCAAGGAUUUUGACAUUUUCCCCUGAGGAGGAGGAGGGCGGACGGUGCAGGAGUUUGUCACUGCCGUCGUGUUCAAUACGUAUUGUCGCUAAGCUUCUGUAAAAAGACGACUUUGUAUUGACAAACAUGACAUCGGUUUGGAAGAGACUUCAACGCACUGGCAAGAAAGCAUCGAAGUUUCACUUCGCGGCGUCCUACCAAGAGCUGGUGAUAGAGUGCACAAAUAAAUGGCAGCCAGACAAACUGCGAGUGGUGUGGACCAGGAGAAACAGACGGAUCUCUUCCAAGCUUCAUGGAUGGCAGCCCGGGAUACAGAACCCCUACAGGGGGAUGGUUAUGUGGCAGACCCCCGAAAGUGUGGACAUCACCGUCACCCUCUUUAAGGAUCCUGGCGCCGAUGAGUUUGAAGACAAGGACUGGACCUUCGUCAUUGAGAAUGAGAAGAAGGGCCAGCGGAAGGUGCUGGCCUCCGCCAGUGUGAACAUGAAGAAGUACGCCAGCGCCACGCCCUCCCAGCUGGACCUGGUGCUGCAGCUGAAGCCGCUGUCCGUCAAGGUGCUGGAGGCCACUCUGAAGCUGUCGCUGUCCUGCGUCUUCCUGAAGGAGGGCAAGGCCACCGAUGAAGACAUGCAGAGCCUUGCCAGCCUGAUGAGCCUGAAGCAGAGCGACAUCGGGAACCUGGACGACUUCAACGACAGCGACGAUGAGGAGGAGAAGAAGUUCAGCCCAGGGCCACGGCUGGUCACUAGCCCCGCAGCACCUCCUCCUCCUCCAGAGGAAAGGGUGUGUGAUAUGGAGUGGAGACCUGUGGUUGGUUGCAGCCCUCCUGCAAUAGCAGCCACUGCGGCAAGGGGAAGUGAUAUCACUGGCACUGUGUCUAACCCCGUCAUCCAAUCACAACUCCCCGUGCCCUUCCCUUCCGAACCCUCUGCCCCACCCCUUCCUGGCGCCCGAGCCAAUCGUGGCCAUCAGCAGCCACGCCCCACCCCUUACGCCUACACCGUCCCGGCCUUUACCCGCGCCCACCCGCCUGCACUGCCCAAAAUCUUCCAGCCCACCGCUGGCUCAGCGCUCUUGUCCUCCUUGAGGAGGCCCCCGGGGGGCCACAGUGACCCCUCUCUGGAUGCCGGGCCCCCUGCUGUGGCCCCUGUGGCCCCUACCUUCUCCCUGCCUAAACCCAUCUCCUCUUCCUCCCUGUCUGAGCCUUCCAGACUGCCCCCCUCUACCCACCCCAUGUCUGGGGUGUCCCUCACAGCCUCCUAUUCCGCUGCCCGCUCCAGUGUCUGGUGGCCUCAGAGCAUCUCCGUGCCACGUUUCAUUCCUUCCUCUCUCAGCUCCUCCUCUUCCUCGCUUCCCCCCGUCCCCCACCCAUCACUGACCCCCACUGCCCCCCUCCCUGAGGCAGGCUCCGUCCUCAUCAGGCCAGCCAGCCUACCCUCGGCCCCCGCCACAGCUCCCUGGCAGAGCGAAUGGAGACCUCCCAGAUCCCAGAAUCCUUUGGUGUCAUUCUGUCCCUCUGUCUCUGACACCCACAUGCCUGUUCCUCUGGAGCACGACUCCGGGGCUGUGUGUGACCCUGCCCUCCUGUCUGAUCCUCCUGCUCUCUCGACACCUGCUCACACACCUGUGCUGGCUCACGAUCCUGUCUCAGCUCGUGCCUCUGAAUCCGCCCCUGCUGUUGCCUUUAGUCGUGUUUUUGCCCCUGCUCCCGUACCUGCUCCCACCUCUGCUCUGCAUGAUCCUGUUUCUGCCCCUUUCCCUAAAUCUGCAUCUGCCCCUGCCAUUGACCCAGGUCCUAUCACUGCACCCCUUCCCACCCCUGCUCCUACCUCAUCCCCUAAUCUCACCCCAGGCUGUGCCCCUGCCCCUGUCUCUACCCCUGCCCGUGACCCAGGUCCCUCUCCUGCUCCCAUCGUUGUGUCAAUUUCCAUCCCUGCUCCUGCCCCAGGCCCCGCCCCCUCUCCAGCCAUGACCCCUCCCCCCUUCGCUGCUGGAGAAUCUCCUCCACACAGUGACACCCAGUCAGACUCUUACCAUGUGGGCCGCCCCUCUGAACAGAGACCUCCGGGUGUCCCUACUCUGCCAUCUGCCCCCAUAUCUUUGGGUGUCUUUCCAACUGCCACUGUGGCUUCUGCUCCCCUCUAUCCUCUACCAGAACCAGGCACCCUCUCCAAAGCACCCCCCUACCCUACACCUGAACCAGACACCCUCUCCAAAGCCCUUCCCUACCCUAAACCUGAACCAGACACCUUCUCCGAAGCUGCACCCUACCCUUAUCUUGAACCAGACACCCUCUCCGAAGCUGCACCCUACCCUAAGCCUGAACCAGACACCCUCUCCAAAGCUCCACCCUACCCUCAGCCUGAACCAGACACCCUCCCCGAAGCUAUCCACUACCCUAAACCUGAACCAGACACCCUCCCUGAAGCUAUCCCCCAACCUAAACCUGAACCAGACACCCUCCCCGAAGCUAUCCACGACCCUAAACCUGAACCAGACACCCUCCCUGAAGCUAUCCCCCAACCUAAACCUGAACCAGACACCAUCUCCAAAGCUCCGCCCUACCCUAAGCCUGAACCAGACACCCUCUCUGAAGCGCCACCCUACCCUAAAUCUGAACCACACAUCCUCCCCGAAGCUAUCCACUACCCUAAGCCUGAACCAGAUACCCUCUCUGAAGCUAUCUCCUACCCUAAACCUGAACCACAAGCUCUGUCCGAAGCUUCUGUUCUCGGCGAACCUGUCAGCACACUGAGUGAGAUUCAGAGGCAGCUGAGCACACUGAUGGAGGAAGAGUACCCCAGCUCCACAGCUCAAAGCCUACAGGAAGCAGUAUCACCCCUGUCCAUCAGCCGGCCAGAUGACGGCCACAUCUCCUCCCGCCGGGUGGGCAGCAUCAGCAUUGCCAAUAUAAACCAGCGGCCAGCUACUGAGAGCCCCCCAUUCGUCAAAAACGUUUCUACUUUUGAGCUGAGAACCAAUGACAGGAGGCAGGAGGCAGGGCCAGGUUUUGGGUGUGAACCCUUCACUCCGACAGCCAGCCCAGAAAUUACGGCUGUUUGGCAGCCAUCUUGCCCAAGAGCUGCUAGUGUCCCUGGGUUCCCAUCCACAAAGGUGCUGAACACGUUUGGUGGUUCGCAGAUUGAAGGCGGGCCAGUGGACAACAGACCUUUCCUGGAGAAGCCACAAAGAGGGAAGCCGGAAUUGAAGCUUCAGAGGAGUCUAGUCUUGGAGAAAUCACUCAAAGACCAAGAAAUAGUCAAACAAUUCAUACUAGUGGUCCCAGCUUGCCCAGAAAUAACCAGUGUACCUGGUUUCCCAUCCGCAACACAUUACAAAGCAGCAGAUUUACAGGUAGAAAAGCCCAGAAAUAUGCAGGAUACUCUUCUGUCCUGUCCAAGAGUUGCCAGUACACAAGGAUUUCCAUCCAUACAGAUGCCAACUAUAGGAGAAACUCAAGUGACUGAGUGGCAGGUGAACAAAAACCCACUUUGGAAGAUUCCUGAGAAGAGGAAACUACUGAUCUAUUCUCAAGCACUUGAGAGGUCACCCAAUGACAACGAAAUUAUGAAAAAUAUGUUCGUUCUGGUGCCAACUUGUCCAAGAGCAGCUAGUAUUCCAGGAUUCCCAUCCAAACCAUGGUGCAAGGCAGAUGAAGGACAGACCAGGUUACAAACAAUGGUGAAUCUCUUUUCAGUUUGCCCAAGAGCAGCCUGUGCAUCUGGUUUCCCUUCUAAACAGACAAAGACAUCAGAAGAGAGCCUUGCCAAAGGAUGGUUUAUGGACAAGAAGGUAUUAUGGGAAAAUUCAAAUAAAAAAUCAAAAUAUGUUCUUCAGACUUCAAUACAGGAGAAAUUGCCCUUUGGGAACGAACCCAUUAAACGCAUGGUAUAUCUUCUACCAACUUGCCCAAGCAUAGCAAGUGUUCACGGCUUUCCAUCUGCACCUCGACCUAAAGGAACUGAUGGUUGGAUAAACAAGACAACAGGCAUGAUGAAUCUACUGCCAUCUUGCCCAAGACAUGCAAGUAUUUGUGGGUUUCCAUCCACAACCAUGCUAGACAGAGAGGAAGCUAAAACAAAAGAGUGGCUAGCAGGCAAGAGACCAGUUUUACAGAAGCCUCUAAGAAUGAGGCCAGAAUUGAGCUUACAGGCUCUUCCAGUCUGUGGGAGGUCCCUCGCUGACAAAGAAGUGCUAAAAAGAAUGUUGGCUAUCGUGCCAUCUUGCCCUUGUGUUUCCCAUAUUCCUGGCUUCCCUUCUGCACCUAGAUCGAAAGCAACAUGUUUUAAAGUGCAGAAGGCUCAGUGUAUGGUCAACAUUCUUGAAUCUUGCCCAGUGGCUUCACGUGUGCUUGGAUUGCCAUCCCUGCAGACUCUGCACACAGAUGAACAGAUGAGUAAGUGGCAAGUAAGAAAGAAACCACUAUGGGAGAAACCAAAGAAAAAAAGGUUAUUACUUUAUGCUCUACCACAUAAUAUAUCGUUCAAAGAUAUAGCAAUCCUCAAGAGUAUGGUUUCUAUAGUUACAUCUUGCCCUCAUUUAGCUAGUGCCCCUGGCUUUCCAUGUAUAGCCCAAUCAAAAGCUACUUGUGUCCAGAUGAAAAAGGAUCAAAGUAUGGUAAAUAUUCUUCCAUCAUGCCCGGGAGUAGCGAGUAUGCCUGGCUUUGCAUCAAAACAUGUCCAACACAGCAAAGAAGAUACAGAGGCAGAGUGGAAAUUAGAUGAUAGACCUUUGUGGGUGAAACCAGUGAAGAAAAGUCCAAAGGUCACUCUGUGUUUAUCAGAGGCAUAUGGAGACAAAGAAUUUAUAUUAUGUAUGGCUUAUCUGGCACCAUCUUGUCCAAGACUAGCUUGUAUUCCUGGAUUCCCAUCCAAACCGUGGUGCAAGUCAGAUAAAACACAAACAGAUUUGCAAAACAUGGUGAAUCUCUUUCCAGUUUGUCCAAGAACAGCCAGAGUAUGUGGUUUUCCAUCUAGACAAAUAACAAUGUCAGAGGGGGCUCAGGCAGAAGGAUGGCUUAUGUACAAGAAGUUAUUAUCGGAAAAUGCAAAGAGGUCAAAACAUAGCCUUCAUUAUUCUCCAAUUCGUUAUAUAUUUCCAUUAGAUAAAGAAACUAUAGUACGUAUGGUGUCUUUAGUGCCAACCUGCCCAAGUGUAGCUAGUGUUCCUGGUUUCCCAUCUGUACCUUUGUCUAAAUUAACAGGUGAACCAAUGGAGAAGACAACAGCUGUGGUGAGUCUUCGGUUAUCUUGCCCAAGAUAUACCAGUAUUUGUGGCUUUCAGUCUAUAAUGGUGCCCACCACAGAGGAGGGGCAGGCUGAAGAGUGGCUUGGGAAGAGAAAGUCAUUGUGGGAGAAAUCAGGGAGGGUAAUUAAUUUCACCCAACAACUUAAUGUUCCGAUGGCUAGAUUGUAUGAAGAUAAGGAAGUUAUUAAAAGUAUGGCAUAUCUGUUACCAUGUUGCCCAAGAGUAGCUAGUAUUCCUGGUUUCCCAUCUGCGCCACAGCCUAAGACGAUGGAAACCUUAGACAUAGUCAGACUUUUACAACCCUGCCCAAAUUUGCCCAGUGUUCCUGGCUUCCCAUCAAGAACAGCUAACAAGGCUCAGGUAGAAGCAUGGUCCAAGAACAAAAUUAUAUUAUUACAGAAGCCACUGAGAGUGAGGCCAGAAAUUACGCUACAAACUACAGAGCCCCUGGAGAGAUUACAGAAAGACAAAGAACUGUUGAAAAGUAUGGUGACUUUGGUGCCAUCUUGCCCUCAAAUUUCCAGUGUCCCUGGUUUUCCAUCUGCACCACAAUCCAAAGCAGCAGUUUUCCAGGAGAAUCAUUCUAUGGUGAAUAAUCUGCUUUCUUGCACAAAGACCUGCACAAUUUCUGGAAUUCCAUCCUUGCAAAUAUUGAACACAGGAGAAGUUCAGGUAAAAUAUUGGCCAGUAGAUCAGAAACCAUUGUGGGAGAAAUCUGAGAAGAAGAGAUGUCUAUUUUCCUCUUCCACCAUGGAGAUGCCACACAUAGACAAAAACAGCAAUAAAGGUGUGGUGGAUCUGUUGCCAUCUUGUCCAAGAGUUGCAAGGAUUCCAGGCUUUCCCUCUGCUCAGCGCCCUACCUCAAAUGUGGCCAUAAAUAUGAUGAGCUUCAUAGUGUCUUGUCCAAGAGUUUCUACUAUUCCAGGAUUGCCAUCAAGAAAUGAGAGUGACGCUCUGGUAGAAGAGUGGACAGUGGAUAUGAGGCCAUUGUGGGUAAAGCUGGAGGAGAAGGAAAGACCAGCAUUUACCAUGCAGUUUUCUCCAGUCCUUGCCAGUUCAGCCGAGAACACAGAAGAAAAACAAAAUAUGGUAACAUUUGUGACAUCCUGUCCAAGACAAGCUAGUAUUCCUGGUUUUCCAUCUCUAUCAUGCCCUGAAGCAGAUAACGCAAUUGAAGACAAGGUCUUAAAUAUGGUUAACCUUCUACUAUCAUGCCCAAGAGUGGCACGCAUUCUUGGUUUCCCAUCCAUACAGGGUUCUAGCCAAAAGGAGGCUGAAAUGAAAGAGUGGAUGGUGUACAAGGGCACAAUGUGGCAUAAACCACCAAAGGAGAGGCUGGUAGCGAUACUGAAUUGGGAUAGAAUGUGUGAAGACAGAGAAGCUUUGAAAAGUAUGUCAGCUCUCUUGCCAUCUUGUCCAAGUCUGGCUAGCAUUCCUGGUUUCCCAUCUGCAACAUGGCUCAAAUCAGGGAAUGGUAAAGUAGGGGAGAAGCAGAUGAUAGCGGAAAGUAUAAUCCCAUCUUCUCUGGAUGCAGCUCAAUUGAUUCACCAGCCUUUGGUACAAUGGGCUAAAUCAGAUGAGGCUGAAAUAGGAGAGUGGCCAAUGGACAAGGUUUUCCCUUGUGAAAAGCCAAUAAAGAAACAAGUAUCGGAUCUGAUGUCUCAAUCUGAAUCUCAAUCCCUUGUUAUUGGUAUUGUCCCAUCUCAGAGAGACAGCGAAUCAUGUGCGAUCAUGGGAGAAAGAGACAAUUGUAACAAACCCAGAUCUGACUUAGUAUUGAAAUUUGAAGAAAUAAAAGAGAAGUUAGGGUUUGGGGCUGGAUCAGAGGACCCAGAAGGGGGCGCUAUUGAAAUGGGCCCCAAAGGUGUCUCUGACUCUUCUGGGUCCCCUGUGCAUUUUAAAGCCGAGAGGCGAAAAGAAAUAAGCUUAGAUACCAUCAUGAGAAUUCCCGAGGUACCCCAGCGCCCCUGUACCCCUCGUCCCUACAUGUUUGAACCAGAGGCGCUGUUCGGCCCAGAUGAGGAGGCCCAGGCUCUGGGGGAGCUACCCCAUUGGGGUACAGCAACUGCAGAUGAGGUGGAGAUCUGCAAAGGGAGUCAGCUGCCGAACAAGGCCAUGUCCUUGGCCGAGAGUCCAUUGUUUGGAGAAUCUGGCAAGAAAACAAAGGGGGAAGUGUUAAAUCCAGACUCUGGUUUAGAGGCCAUGAAGGUGGAAAGAGUUACCAUGGUGAUACAGGUGGAAACGUCCAAUGAAAUAGUGGAGACUGUAGGGGAAUACUUGGAAAGGGGACCGGAAAACAUGGUCACUUUGCUGCCAUCUUGCCCAAGAGUGGCCAGUAUCCCUGGGUUACCAUCCAUAAAGGUGUCCAACAUUGAGGGAAGUCAGAUAGAACAGUGGCUGGCAAACAAGAGGCCUUUGUUUGAAAAACCGAAGAGAGAAAGACCAGAAAUGUUUCCUGUUUCCCCAGCUCUACAGAGAUCUCUCAAAGAAGAAAUGUUGAAAAGUAUGGUAGCUCUGCUUCCAUCUUGCCCGCAUAAAGCAAGUAUUCCUGGCUUUCCAUCCGCACCACAACCUAAAGCAACUGAUCCCCAGCUAAAGAAGGCUUUGCAUAUGGCCAAUAUUCUGCCAUCCUGUCCACAUAUUGCCAGUAUUCCAGGGUUCUCAUCCACAAAGACACCAAGCAGAGGGUACUCUCAGGUGGAAGAAUGGCCAGUGGAUUGGGAACCGUUGUGGAAGAAACUUGAGAAGAGACUAGUGCUGCCUUCUCCAUGCCUUAUGGGGCCACACAAAGACAAAAAAGCUCUUGCGGCUAUGUUGAGUCUCAUGUCAUCUUGCCCUCAAGUUGCUAGAAACCCUGGCUUUCCCUCUGCUCCUCGGUCCGAAGCAGAGAAGGUCCAAGCGAAAGCUCAGAACAUAGUAAAUAUUCGGCCAUCUUGUCCUAGAAUGGCCAGUGUACCAGGUUUUGCAUCCACACAAAUUACAGGGGAAGACCAGGUUGUAGAGUGGGAUGUAGACAGAACCCCAUUAUGGGAGAAGCCUGGGAAGGAAAAGCAAGUGUUUCCUUCUCCAAAGCUUGAGAAAUCACAUAAAGACAAAGAAAUUGUCAAAGAUAUAGUCAAUUUGUUACCAUGUUGUCCUGAAGCAGCCAGUGUCCCUGGGUUUCCGUCUGCUCCACGGUCAAAAGCGAGAGAUGUGCAGCGACAGAAGAGUCACAGUAUGGUCAAUAUCCUUCCAUCUUGCCCAAGCUCUGCCAUGCUGCCUGGGUUUGCCUCAACACAGAUUCUGUGUAUAAGAAAAGACCAGCUGGAGGCAUGGAAAUUAAACAAAACCACAUUAUGGGAUAUAUCUGCAAAGAAAAGAUCAUUAUUUAUUUCUGAAAAUACAGAGAGAUCUCAUAAGGAAAUAGAAAUUAUGAAAAGCAUGUUUGCUCUGUUUCCGUCUUGUCCUAGUGUAGCUAGUAUCCCUGGAUUUCCAUCUGCCCCACGGCCUGAAGCUCAAAUAGAGAAGACUGAAAGCAUUAUAAAUAUUCUUCCAUCUUGCCCACACAUUGCCGGUACCCCUGGAUUCCCAUCAGUGAAGGUGCAGGAUAUAAACAAGGCCCAUGUAGAAUGGUGGCAAUCCAGUAAGAAACCAUUGUGUGAGACACCUGUGAAAAAGAGGCAAAUUCUGGCCCAAGUUUAUUCUCCAUCAUUAGACAUGAAAUAUGAAGGUAUGGCAGCUUUGAGGCCAACUUGCUCAAGUGUUGCAAGCAUUCCUGGAUUCCCAUCUGCACCGAAGCCAAAAGCUCAGAUAAAGAAAACUCAAAAUAUAGUAAAUAUUCUGCCAUCUUGUCCAGAAAUUGCCAGUGUGCCUGGAUUUCCAUCUGUGAAAGUAUCUGUUACAGACAUAGUCCAGUUAGAAUGGUCCCAAGUUGAUAAGACUCCAUUUUGUGGGAAGCCUAUGAAAAAGGGGCAAAUGCUGACCAAAGUUCAUACUCCAUCAUUAGACAUGAAAUAUGAAGGUAUGAUGGCUUUGAGGCCCUCUUGCCCGGGUGUUGCAAGUAUUCCUGGAUUCCCAUGUGCACCACAACCUAAAGCAGCAGUGAAUCAGAUAAAGAAAACUCAAGAUAUAGUAAAUAUUCUGCCAUCUUGUCCAGAAAUUGCCAGUGUGCCUGGAUUUCCAUCACUGAAAACAUCUGAUACUGAUGAGGCCCAAGUAGAAUGGUCCCAAGUGGAUAAGACUCUAUUGUGUGGGAAACCCGUAAAAAAGAGGCAAAUGCUUUCGGCAUCGUUAGACAUGAAAUAUGAAGGUAUGACAGCUUUGAGGCCAUCUUGCCCGAGUGUUGCUAGUAUUCCCGGAUUUCCAUGUGCACCACAGCCAAAAGUAACAGUCAUUCAGAUAAAGAAAAGUCAAAAUAUAGUAAAUAUUCUGCCGUCUUGUCCAGAAAUUGCUAGUAUACCUGGAUUUCCAUCUGUGAAAGUAUCUGAUACAGACAUAUCCCAGUUAGAAUGGUCCCAAUUUGAUAUAAAACCAUUGUGUGGGAAACCUGUGAAAAAGAGGCAAAUGCUGUCCCAGGUUCCUUCUCCAUCAUUAGAUAUGUUGGCAUAUGAAGGUAUGUCAGCUUUGACUCCAUCUUGCCCAACUGUCACUAGUAUUCCUGGUUUUCCAUCUGCACCACCUAGAAGAGUGGAUAGGGAAGCACAUAUGGUGAAUUUCCUGCUAUCCUGUCCAAGAACUACCUGUAUGCCUGGGUUCCCAUCAACACAUUUCCCCAAGACUGAAGAAGAGUGGCCUGUGGACAAGACAGAAUUGUGGAGAAGAUCUGACAAGAACAUAUCAAUCCUUCCUCCUUCAGUUCAGGAGAUGUCACACAGAUAUAUUUUAAAAGACAUGUGGGCUAUGGUGCCAUGUUGCCCAAGAGUAGCUAGUGUCCCUGGUUUCCCAUCUGCAGCAAGACCUAAAAGAGCCAAUGUCUGUAAAAAGAAGACAAUAAGUAUGGUGGAACUUUUGCCUGCUUGCUCAAGAAUAACAAGCAUCCCAGGGUUCCCAUCCACAAAUUUACCUAAUAUUGAGGAGGCCCACAUAGAUGAGUGGCAAACUGACAACAAGCCAUUAUGGGAGAAGCAAAAGAAGGAGAGGCCAGCACUAGUCUUAGCUCUUGAUGAUCAACUGUAUGAUGACAGAGAAAUUAUAAGUGGUAUGUCUGCUCUGACGCCAACAUGCCCACAUGUAGCCAGAAUGUCUGGAUUCCCCUCUGCCCCACAGAUCCAGAAUAUGAAGAGUAAUAUAGUGGAAAAGCAGACUAUGACUGCUCUCCUACCAACUUGCCCAAGGGCUAGUCACAUUCCUGGAAUUCCUUCAAGAGAGCCAAUGAAAUCUGACAAAGAUGGAAUCAAAGACUGGCAACUGUACAAGACAGGACUGGCAGAGUAUAAACUGAAGAAAAGGCUAGUAUAUGAUCCACUGUCUCUGACAGCACUACAGACAUCGGAUGAAAAUGGAGAAAUCUUUAAAAAUGUUUCUCUGGCACAAUGUUGCCCUGGGGAAGCUAGUGUUCCAGGCUUCCCCUCAAGACUACAAAGCAGAGUGGAUGGAGAUGUUGAGAGAGAGCGUAUGGGUAUGAUGUGGCCAGAUGAAGGCCUUCUGGACACAGCAUUCCCAAAGAGGCCCUCAUCAGAGGAUGUCCAGAUUGUUGGAAAAAUGGGCAGAGAUGUGGAUCCCAUUGAUAUUCCUCCUGAAUUUCUCAGCAGUUUUACAACUGAGCUGUUCCCCCAGGCCCUGUGUUCCCACAAAGAGGCAUAUGGCGUGUCUUACCCUAUUGCUGCUGACCAAUCAGAGAGUCAAUGGUUAGUGGAUGAGGAAGCUAAUGAGCCGGCAUUAGAUCUGGCUUCAGAGUGGGAGGUAGUUGAGGUAGAAGGCUUGGAAGAAGAGCAGGAUAAGGAGAAGGAGGUUGAAUCGGUUGGGAUAAUGGGAGCGUUUUUUGGCGCUUUUCACAGAGGUUAUGAGACAAUGGCUUCAAUGUUGCAGUCAUCUGGCUCAGAUGAUGUUGCAGACAGCCCUAAAGACAGCACUUUAGGAGAAGCAGAGGCUUUCUUCCCUCAACCUGGGAUUCUGUCACCUGAAGACCGUUGUAGUCCUUCUGACGAGCCCUCAAGGAUUAGGCAGGAACCAGAAGAGAAAGAAGCACUUGGGCAUGUGGAGCUGGCCAAGGAUGAUGGAAUGGACCACACUGCUGCUGCUGAACCAUACAUAAGUGUCCUGGUGGAAACAGAAAUGAGACAAGAGGAGUCUCAGUCUCUUCCUUCAUCUCCGUCACCACUCCAUGACAGAGAAGGUGCAUUCAUUGUUGGCGGAGGUCAGGGCUGUAUGAAAAAAUGGCCACCACUGACUGAAGCAGACCUGGAUGAAAUGUCUGAUGACGAGUGCUGCAGGGAGACUGAUGAUGAGGAGGCCCCUCUGAUUUUUGACCGCCGGACUUGGGAAGAAGGUGACGACUUCAAAGCUGAGGACGUAGAACCACUUUUGGGAGUGAGGGACCUGGAAGAGGAGGUCGAUUUCAGGAUGGAGAAUGAGGAAGUGGGCACAGUGAUGUCAGAAUUCUUACCUCUGGACAGGGGCCCUGAGGCUUUAACUGCCGUAUUCCAGCUGACUGAUCCAGAAAGUUCCAGUAUUCCUGCUGGCCUGCCCGCCUUGGUUGAGUUCCCGGUGGAUGGGAAACCUGGAGCAGAUGGAAUAGCCCAACAACAGGAAAUUAUUUCCGACAGCUCAGAUCAAAAAUUCUCCACUGUUGCUGCAAACAAAUUAGUCCCACCCCUGCGUAGUAAAAAAUCAAAAGAAGUACUGCAAGUGGUGCACCCACAAAAAAUAGCGCCAGAAAGUGUUAAUCAGGUGGCAGCCUCUGUCAUAGCAGACAAAGAAGCAGUCCCUCCUCGCCGUUCCAAGAAGAGGAGAGACAUAUUACCUGAAAUGCCCCUCCAAGAAGUUUCACAAGCCAGCAUUGGUCAGGAAUCAAUCUCUAGUCUGACAACCAAAAAGGUGGUUCCACCUCCACGCACUAAAAAGAGUGCCCCUCCAGUAGAGGGGCUGGAUAAAGCAGGGGAUGCUGUGCAUGUGGACAUUUCUAUGGAGACAUUGAAGAGGGAUAAUGAAGAAUCCCCUUCCUUCACGUCUCCGGCCAAGCUAGAGACCGCUUUCAGCUCAGAGGGAGAACAGUACACUGUAGAGGAAAGCUUCCUGGUGGUGAAAAUGCGGAAUGCACACCGGGAACCCUCAAGUCUGCCUGUCCCAAUGCCACGGGUAAAGAAACGCCUGAGUGGCACCUUCCCGGAUGACACUCCACCCCUAAGCCCCUCUGGAACCUCCCCAUCAAAUGUCCCUGAGAGUGGUCUAGUCCCCCUGCAGGGGACAGAACAACCUUCCACACAGGAGGUGGUCCCGACUUUGACGGUCAAAGAAUUGCUACCACCUCGCCGCAGCAAAAAGAGCAUACCAAAACAGGAAGUAGCCCAAGACAGCAUCAGUCAGGCCACUACUGGUGUUGCACUGCCCACAGAGCUGAUUCCACCCCGGCGAGUUAAAAAGGGCAGACCCCUUUCUGUGGAAUUGCAUAAAGUUGGGGAUGCUGCCAAUGAGGAUUUGGCUGAGAUGGGCGAACUCCAGGAUGCGAAGAAGGAAGAAGCUGCAGAGAGCUCGGUGGUGAUAAUUCGGCAGGCAAAAGAGCAACCUUCAGACAUGCCGGUACCUAUGCCUCGAGUCAAGAAACGCCUGAGUGCCUCCUUCCGUGAAGACACCCAAAUCCUCAGCUCAUCCCCAUCGUCUCUCGCAGAUGACAUAGAGACGGCCCCUCUCUGGGUCAGUGAUCACUCGUCCAAUCAGGAGGAGAUGUCAGUUUCCGGUACUAGUGAAGGCUUGGCUCUGUCAGAUUCUGAUGUGGAUGCGGAUGUUAAUUUGAAGGAGCUGGAGACUGGCUGUGAAGGUUUUGUAUUGACAGACAUCGGUGUAGAUGUGGAAGCCAGUGAAAAAGUGUUGGACUCAACCCUCCAUCCCCAGAUCGAAGACGACAUCCCUGUGAUUGCUUCCACAGAGGAGAGGGCUGUUGAGAAAGAAUCAGAGAUGGUUUUAAAAACAGAUACUGUAAGGGAGGAGUUGGAAGAAUGGGAGGAAGUGACAAUGAGUACAUCUACUGGUACCUUUGGUGAAGACAGCCCUGGAGGCCAGGAGAUGGCAGACGUGACCACGGGUAUGCCUGUGCCAAUGCCUCGUGUGAAGAAGCGCUUAAGUGGCUCAUUCACAGAUGACACCCUACCUCCAAGCAUGAUAUCAAGUCCUGAUGUGACCCUAACCAGUAGUGACCUGGUCAGUUCCACUCAGUCUCUGCUAGAAUGGUGUCAGGAGGUCACACAGAGCCACAAGGGGGUAAAAAUCUCCAACUUCAGCACCUCUUGGCGCAAUGGUUUGGCAUUCUGUGCCAUCCUGCAUCACUUCCAUCCAGAUAAGGUAAACUAUGAAAUGCUGGAUCCCUAUGACAUCAAGCUGAACAACAAGAAGGCUUUUGACGGGUUUGCGGAGCUGGGGAUCACCCGCCUGCUGGAGCCCUCGGACAUGGUGCUGCUGAAGGUUCCGGACCGGCUGAUCGUCAUGACCUACCUGAACCAGAUCCGCACGCACUUCACCGGGCAGCAGCUGAGCGUGCUGCAGAUCGAGCGCAACAGCAGCCAGUCCAGUUACUCCGUGGGCGAGCCCCAGGACCCCGACGCGGAUGCCGCGGUCCGCUACUGCACCGAGAGGCUGCAGGCGGGGGGCAUCGCCCUGGAUGCCAACGGCAAGUGCGCGGAGAGGGGAGCGGACCUGGUGCCGCCUCCUCGGGGCAAGCCAGCCUCGAGGUCCGAGGAGGGAGGGAGCAGCACGCCCAGCCCAAAGGGAGGUCCCGGGACGGGCCAUACUCCCGUCGCCCCACCCAGGACGCACCCCUUCGGUAAAUUCGCCCGCUUGAAGGACGCUGACCUGGUGAGGAAGCGGCGGUCGAAACUGAAGGGCGACUCGAUGGAGGAAGCAGAAACGCCUGAGAAGCACAGCACCCUCCAGAGUAGCACAGAGGCCUCUCCAGGGCAGACAGAAGGUGGAGCUAAUGACACCUCUCAAUCCACAAGGCCAGAGUCAUCUGAGGCAGGAGUCACCAUUGAGAGGAGCUCCUUGCCGGAGGAAGAGAAUCAGGACACUGGUCAGUAUGUACUGAAUGAGUUGCGAGCGCUGGAGAAUGAACAGAGGCAAAUAGACAGCAGGGCAGGCAUCGUGGAGAGGACACUCAGACAACUGAUGGAGUCAGGAAGUGACCGCAUGGAGGAGGAGAGGCUGAUUCAGGAGUGGUUCAAUCUGGUCAACAAGAAGAACGCCCUCAUCCGAAGACAGGACCACCUGGAGCUGCUGCAGGAGGAGCAGGACUUGGAGAGGAGAUUUGAGCUGUUGACCCAAGAGCUGAGAGCCAUGAUGGCCAUUGAAGACGGGAAGAAGACAGAGGCCCACAAGCGCAGGGAGCAGCUCUUGCUGCAGGAGCUGGUAUCGCUGGUCAACCAGAGAGACGAGCUGGUUCGAGACCUGGACGCCAAAGAGAGGGGCGCCCUGGAGGAAGACGAGAGGCUAGAGCGGGGGCUGGAGCAGAGGCGUAAGAAGUACAGCCGUAAGGAGAAAUGUUUGCUGCAGUGACGGGGCGAUUCCAGUUUUACACCCUGACCCUGACCCCCACCUCCCCACCUAUAUGUGUGCCUGGAACCUGCUGUGAAGUCACUGCCAUGUCUUCCUUCAGCUGGGAGGUCUGGUGCCAUUAUCAACCCCCAACCCCACGCCUGCAAUUCAGGGCCACAAUUGACUGGGGAGGUUUUGCUCUGCACAAAAAUGGACUUGUUGUCGUCAGCUGUUACUGCGCUCCUCCCACAGUGACUGUUUUUGAAAAGAAAAUGGUGGUGUGUACAGUUUGUCACACACAAAAGGUCUUGCCAUGGAAUGUUGGGUAAUGAACUCCGGCACAUAAAUACACUGCCUUUUCAUACAUAUCAAACAUACACAUGUUUGUUUCGUGCGUUUCAACGAGCGUAUCGAAACGUGUACUGCAUACUGACAAUCCGAGUGGGAAAAGAAGAGGAGGUGAAAACUAUUUUGUUUUGGAUUAACUUUGACGGGUUGAGUCCACUUAACCUAUCACAUAUUUAUGUUUUUCUUUUUAUUUAUUGAAUGAAUCUUUGGUACUCUUUUAGAUUGCCCUAUAGGGACCUUUGGGUAGAUAAAAAACAGGAAAGUCUAAACUGAUGUCAUGCUAUGGGGCAUAAAGGAGAAACCCCUCAAGGUCCCAUAGGUCAUUACAUUUACAUUAUUGGCAUUUGGCAGACGCUCUUAUCCAGAGUGACAUACAGUUGAUUAUUCUAAGCAGGAGAUACUGCUCCCCUGGAGCAAUGCAGGGUUAAGGGCCUUGCUCAAGGGCCCAAUGGCUGUGCGGAUCUUAUUGUGGCUACACCGGGAUUAGAACCACCGACCUUGCGUGUCCCAGUCAUUUACCUUAACCACUACGCUACAGGCCGCCCCCAAGGUCGGUAAUGUAAAGGUUAGGCAGCAGGUGUUUUGUGUUUUGUGACUCUUUUUUUUGGGUUGUUUCUUUUUUGUUGUUGUUUUGGUUAGGAUAGAAAAUUCUCCUUAGGUUACAGAGUCAUUUACAGAAUCACUUUAAGUGAAUUAUGUGCACCUACUGUUCUGUCCACCUGCUUGAGUUUACUUUUGGCCUAAACACCCAAUUGUUCUCUUAAAAGUAUGCAUUUUAAGUACUUUACCGUAAUGUUACAGUCUAAUGAAUGCAGAUUGAGUACCUGGAAGUAAAGUUCUGGAAGCUUUGCUGAAAAAUGGAAACGAGUGAAUUGAAAUGAGUGAAAGUUGAAUCUAAUGAACACAUACCAUGUAGACUGAGAAAAGCCAGAGAAAUGCAUGUUAAACGCAACCAAGCACUGUUCCAGGAUUCCGUGUUCUGUAUUAAUUAAUUAAUUAAUUAAUUAGGUUUUUUUUUGCUUUCACAGAUAAUCCCUGAUGUCCUUGUGAAUUAGCUGUCUGUGUAGUCACAGAAACAAAAUUCUCAUUCUUGCCAAUGACUAAAAUCAAUUCAGACAUUUUAAAGUAUGUAUCUUAUAUCUGUGCUCCACUGCUGGAGUGGAGUGUCAUAAUUAUUCUCAAGCAACAUAUCUUCAUCAUACUAACUUACAAAUUACAUUCACAGUUUGUAGCCUCACAGUGGUCAUGUGAUGCCAAAAACAGUCAAUUUGGGGGACAGACUAAUGAUGUUGCCUACAGCAGAUUUUUGAAUUUUUUUUGACAAAAGAUAAAAAUGGAUAAACGAAUAGUGAAUGUUUCAUUUUUGAAAAUAGUUUUGACAGGAUGCUUGUUUCUAUCAGAGGCCUCAAAUAUUUUCAGUCAUUUUAUUUUCCUCUACAUUUUAUUCUUGAAUUUUAUUCUAAAAUGGUACAGCAUGUGUUUACACUUUGAGUGGGGGAGAAGUGAGUGGCGUUCAGUUGUGGAGUUCAGUUUAUUGCAUUUCUUUGUUUGUGCUGAAGAUCUAAUCAUUUACUUUAAAUAUUGUAUUUGCACUAUUUAUAAAAAGUAUAGUUUGGGGGAAAUAAAGCCAUUUGAAUACUCCA